AUGGCUUGGAACUUCUGGAGAUCGCUGGAGAGAGAGGGUCAAGUCUUCAUGGUUGGACCAAAGGUCACCUUAGAUAAAAUCCCUCGACUUGACACAACAAAUUCUUCUGUGGGCAUUGAUCUCAUUGGGAUUGCCAAGAACAACAUUGAAGGAUCAGCUGCUGUGGCUUUCAUGAGCUACGUCAUGAUGGAGAAUCUACUGAAGCCAGACUUCUUUAACACACCAGAAGACACGAUUAAAACCAUGAUGUCCACUGUGAUCUCAGCUACUCUUCCCAAAACCACCAACACUAACCUCACCAAACCAGUCAACUUCACCUUCAGACACAUCAGAGAGUUUGAUCCCAACGGUUCUCUGUCCUGUGUGUACUGGAAUAUCAGCGAGUGGAUUGUAGAUGGUUGCUCUGUUUUAAAGACCAACAGCAGCUACACUGUGUGUUCCUGUGUUCAUCUGUCCACAUUCGCUCUCAUCAUGCAAACCAGCCCCCCAAAAGAGAGUGACUCACUGCUGGAACUAUUGAAUUUGGUGUGUGUGAUCGUGGGGUUGGUGUUCUUCAGUUUGGCCCUGUUGACCUUUGCCCUUUGUCAGUGGAGUCCUGGAGUGAUUAAUGUGGCUCGAAUCCACAUCUGCAUCAGUCUUCUGCUGGCUCACCUUCUGUUGCUGCUCACAGAGCAGUUCCUGAGCUUCAUACGGCGUCAGCAGGUGUUGUGUGCCGUGAUCUCAGGCCUUCUGCACUUCUUCUUUCUCUCCGGCUUUGUGUGGAUGUUCAUUGAAGCUGUGCUGCUCUUCAUUUGUGUGAAGAACCUAUCACAGAUCAGCUCCAAGAAGAGGGAGGUGCUUAGCACUGGAUUCCUGUGUGUGAUUGGAUAUGUGGUUGCUCUGGUUGUGGUGUGUGUGUCUGUCGGUCUGGUUCCUGAAGGCUACGGCAGUGAACACUGCUGGAUUAAACAUGAUAAAGGUUUUAUCUGGAGUUUUCUGGGUCCUGUGUGUGUCAUACUAGCAUUAAACAUGAUUCUCUUCAUCAAGAUCUUUAUCACUCUGAACUCAACUCUCAAAACACUGAAUGCUGAGGUUUCACAGAUGAAACAAUCCAAGGUUUUGGUGUUUAAAACACUGGCUCAGUUUGUGGUUCUUGGUUGCCCCUGGAUUCUGGGUUUCUUCACUAAUGGCAGUAAGGAGCUGGAGAUCAUCUUCCUGAUCUUGAACUCCCAGCAGGGAACCUUCAUCUUCCUGAUCUACUGUGUUCUCAAUAAUGAGGUCAGGCAGCAGUACAGGAAGUUCUUCAGAUGUCUUUGCUGUGUCAAACAACACUGAGGUCCACAACAUCAUGUUCAGGAAGUAAAAAAUCUGCUGAAGUGCCAUUAUUAUUCAACUUUAGUUUCAGCUCCUUUCUGUAAAUGAUAAAUAAUGUUACCAGUCUUUUGAUGUUACAGCUGUAAAAACUAUUGAUGUAGAACUUCUAAACUGUUUCAUUUAAUCU